GACAUAACCUCAAAAUAUAAUUUUAAAAUUGAUGUGCAAUAUUUGUAAGCGAAUUUUCUGAAAUAAUUUGUGAUUCUUGUAUGAAAUACAGUGGUAUCAAUCGUUAUUAUUAAAUUAAAUUCAAAAACGAAUAAAUUUAACUAUGGCAGCCUCACCAGAAAUGACCGAAGCCGAUCAAAUCAAAACGUUCAAAGACUUCCUUGUCCAGUACAAUAAGCUGUCGGAGCAGUGCUUCAAUGAUUGCAUUCAUGAUUUCACAUCACGGACACUCAGAUCUGCAGAGGAAAGGUGCACAUUAAAUUGUAUGGAGAAGUAUCUGCGAAUGAACCAGCGGGUCUCACAACGGUUCCACGAGUUCCAGAUGAUUGCCAAUGAGAACAUGAUGGCUUUAGCACAGAAAUCUGGGAACCCCAGCUAAUAGGCCAGGUUAAUGAAAUACCAGGUUGUAUUUAUUAUGUUGUUUAGUUUAAUUAAUGGAUGCUAUGAAUGUUGGCAAUAAAGUUUAGUUGACUA